AUACGGCUCAAUUUAGUCACGUGUGUCGAGAGAGCCCUUGCCGUGCUCUCUGUGAUUGUGCGGCUGAGUUGUGUUUAGCCAAUAGCAGUUUGUAGUUUGUAGUGCAUUGUACAAUCAGAGUUAUUCUGCCCUGGAGGAGGGAUAUUUGUUUAGAUCUGGACAAAAUUUAGAUCGGGUGCAAAGUAAUGACAGAGAGCUGUCGAGAAGCUCAACCUCCCGUUAAUUACGUCAGAGUCGCCGGGACCGCCGGAACUUUUCAGAAUCUCACUGCAGUUCAGAUAAUCGGUAAUGGAACUGGGGCUGAUCAGUUGCAACUGUUCCAAACAACUGGCAGUGAUCCAUCACAGAGACAGAUCUAUGCCAUCAUCGAUCCCAACUCAGCCACCGGCCAACAGUUGGCGAUGCUAACAGCCUCCAAUACCGCCGUGGCCGUUCCUUUGGCGGGAACCAUCGAUAAUAGCCUUAUUCAGAGUAACAUCGUAUCCAAUGUUGAUAACGAUGAGCCGCUGUACGUGAAUGCCAAACAGUAUCACCGGAUCAUGAAGAGGCGACAACAGCGUGCCCGGCUAGAAGCUCAGGGCAAGAUACCCAAGAGUCGCCAGAAAUACUUACACGAAUCAAGACAUCAGCACGCACUGAGAAGAAGUCGGAAUAAUGGCGGACGUUUUCUAGCUGGGUUACCGGGGUCAGAAUCAGAGGCUGGUGGCAGUCCCGAGAAGCUCUCAGACGCCACAAUGUCGGGUAACAACAAGUCACCGACCAUCUCAGUACAGCGCCCCCUCCAAGUGAGGCCGGAGAACCUGGGUACCCUGGCUGCUGCUGAGGGUAUGAACCAGAUCAGUGCUCUCAUGACCUCCCAGUUCAGUUCCCCAGCGAGCAGUAGCCUAGCACACACCGUGACUCAGAGCAUCGUGCAGGCAAUGAACCACACCCCCAACCCUAACAGUAGCAACAGCAGCAACAACAGCAGCAACAACACGGGGAGACACCUACAGGCCAUCAACAACCAGAUCUCCAACAACAACCAGAACAACAACAUCAUGGGUCUGAGGAUAAUGCCGGCUGAUCGGAGCAAGCUGAAUCACAUGACCCAUUCUAACAACUCUCUUGUUCAUCUGCAACCUGUAGCUACACAGAUGUUCAGACAGCCGGCCUCUGACAGGUACACUGUCACACAGACCCAACCUCAACCAGUUUACUACAGUACUGUAGCUUCAGAGAAUAACAGUACUGUUCCCUCUCCUUCUCUCGUUAUCAGCAACGCAAAGCACGUGCGACAAGAUGACCCCGUGUUCGCGCACAAAGGUGUAAAACAAUACGGUUCUAAAGACGUGAACAAGUCUAUACCAAGCCGUUUAGCGUGGGAAGAUUUUGGAAGAUAAAGUAUCGAAGCAACGGCGCCUCCCUCGCUAGAGGGACACAUUCCUCACACUCUACAGAGUUCAAGAUAUUUCAGAGAUAAGAUAAGGAUUGUACAGUGUACAAGAUGUUCUCUACACAUGAUGACAUUAUGGGUUACACGUGCUGCGUCGCGUGUGAAAUAUUGGUCAGAUUGUCACGUGCUGCGUCACGUGUGACAAAUUAGAUUUGGUCAGAUUGUCAGUGUUUCUGAUGAUGAAACGGGAAUCUAAACGUAUGGAUUGAUAUAUCAGAAACCGGUCUAAAUUUUCAGACAUUAAAUAGACGUUUUAUAGUUAUCUGUGUUGAUUAUAAUAAUAUAUUUUAUCUGUAACCAUGUGUUUUGAGCUGUUAUUUAAACAUAAUUAUUAAAUUGGUAACAGUAAUGAUUACGAUACCGACCAUGUUUUAUUAGCAUAUUAUUUGUUAAACGUGUGAAAAAGAUUCUUUACUUUUAAAUUAUUGCAGAGACCGGAACCGUGUACUUUGAUAAGGCAUUGUUAAAAGGUUAAAUUUAUUGAUGUUUUGUAAUAUCUCUUAAAUCCUUGUAAUUAUGUUGACCAAGUUUCCCCUUUUUGAGGUACUAAAACGCCAGGAUUUGCAAAUUUAUUAAGUACAUACAUUACUGGGAUUUUCUAAUUUUUUUGCCGUUAAUUAUCAGUUAUAGAGUAUUAGAAGGUCAUUUGACCAAAUUAUUGAUACAGACUUUCUUGAAACAGCCAGUAAAAUCUUAAUUAAUGCAGCAUACGUCAUCUUAAUGCAGUGCCCAUGAUGCGAUCACAACUUUUAUUUAUUUUUUAUAAUCUUUUUACAACAUUUUAAAUCGAUUUGUAACGCGCAUGUUACGUUUCCCAAUCUCGAAGUUUGGCCUGCUUCACUGCUCUGAUAAUGAUUUAUUCCCACGACACAUAUUAUGACGUCACUAAUUUACCCGAUUGAGAGAGAGCCUAACUCAUUAAAUAUAUGUUUUUCAGGGAGUAGCAUUAGUUUAUUAAUUCUCAGCACUUCGUAAAAUGUUUUACUCACAAGCCUGUAUCAUUUUAUUUUGAAUUAAAUUUCUCCAUAUUAUGUGGUGCUACGCGGAGAUUUUUUAAAGGAAGACACUGGGCCUAACAAAGUUUCCUGGAUUGAUAAUGGCAGUUAUGGACCGUUCUAAUUUGAUUGAAACUUUUAUUUUUAAUGAAUCACAGAAAA